AGCUCACUCCACGAAAGCACUUCACACUAUACACGACAAUGCGCCCACGAUAACAUCAAGUCUCUCUCUAGCAACUCAUCAUGGAGUUCAUGACCGCCCUCAGCGGCGGCUACGACAACCAAAAGCCCUCUCUCUUCGAAAUCCUCUCCGAAAACGAGCUCAACAGCCUCAUCCCACCCUCCCUGCGCUAUCUCCUCGCAGUCGCAACCCAUCGCAAUCCCCGCUACCUCCUCCGAAUCCUCAACAAUUUCGACGAACUCUACGCCCUCUUAUCCCUCGCUCUCGAACGCUUCUACCUCCGAACCUACGGCGGAGGUUUCACCGAGAACUUCUACGGCCUCAAACGCGAACGCGUCCUCCGCAUCAAAGGCGGUGAAAGCACACGCGCACGACUCGGCGCACCGAAAGAAGUCCGCCAAACACUACAACUCCACGAUGGAGAUGUUUGGAAGAACUUGGCGGUUAUGGUGGGGAUUCCGUAUAUCAAACGGAAAUUGGAUGAGAGUUAUGAUAUUCAUGCUAGUGGAAUAAACAUGCUUGGACCGGCGUACCGCGAUCGGGAGAGAUAUCCUACAGAAGGGAAGUUGAAAGAUAAGAUCAUGUGGGUGUAUAAAUGGUUUCUACGGAAAUGCUAUCCUUCCGUCAACGCAGUGUACUACUUCUCGCUGCUGGCAUUCAAUUUGGCCUAUUUGUUUGAUGGGACGAAGUAUCACAGUCCGUUUAUGUGGAUCAUCGGGAGUAGGAUACGAAGAUUGAAUGAGGCGGAUAGUAAGGCUAUUGCUAUGGCACUAGAACCGAAGCCUGCACCGCCUGCAGCGAGACCGGGACAGACGACGAGUUUGUUUUCGCCGAGGACGAUGUCGAGAGUUUUGCAGCCGAGAGUUGUGACGGCGUUGAAGUUGUUGUUGCCGACGAGUAUUUUUGCGCUCAAGUUCUUGGAGUGGUGGCACAAUUCGGAUUUUGCGAGGCAGUUGAGCAAGAAGGCGAAUGAGGGUUUGGAACUGCCCCUACCGAGUAUUAGUGGGUUGCCGAAGGGCGCGAGAGCCGCUGCGAAGAAGAGCGAGGAGAGGGAGAAGAAGGCGGAGUUUGCGGAUGAGAAGGGAGAAAGGCCGAGGAGCAGCAGCUUGAGGAGAGACAGUGGUUUCGAUGGGCCGCCGAUUUCUGCGACGAGCAUGCUGCCGAUUUUGACUGUUCCGCCGCCGUUAACAGUGAACGGAGAGGGGGAGAAUGUCACAGCACUAUGUCCAAUCUGCGUGCAGGCUAUUCAGACACCCACUGCUGCACAGACGGGAUACGUCUACUGCUACACGUGCAUCUUCAAAUGGGUUGAUGGCUCGCAUCCACGACAGGAAGCUUUCCUCGAAGGCUCAGGCGAAGAAGAGGGUGCGAGAGGCUGGGUCGAGGAGGGCGGUGGCAGUCGGCGAGAGAAGUGGGAGAGCGGUGCAGGACGCGAUGCUGUCACUGGAAGGAAAGUGCUUGGUGGCACCAGUGGCCUGCGGAGAGUCAUGGUGUAGAAAAUUUCGUUCACCUACAUGUACUCCGGCACCUGUCCCAGGUUUCACAACACCAGACUGGCGCGUCCAUCGCAUUUCGGUUCAGAAGCUCAUGUGCACGGCAGAGGAUUCGAAAUGACUGCAGUGGCACAUGGCUAGAACUCCGCGCUUGGACUGCUCUCGGACCAUGGACCUAUACUCAUUGAAACACGGUUGUCACACGAACAGAGCAAACAUCUGCAACUCAUGCAGAAGCCGACUGAAAUUGUUACGCAACGCAC